AUGCCGGCGCCCGGCCGGGGCCCCCGCGGGCCGCGGCUGACCAUGCCCGGGCGCCGGGGGGCGCUGCGCGAGCCGGCCGACUGUGGCUCCUGCCUGGGGGCGGCGCUGGCCUUGCUGCUGCUGCUGCUACCAGCCUGCUGCCCGGUGCGGGCGCAGAACGACACGGAGCCCAUCGUACUCGAGGGCAAGUGCCUGGUGGUGUGCGACUCGAGCCCGUCGGCGGAUGGCGCGGUCACCUCCUCCCUGGGCAUCUCCGUGCGCUCCGGCAGCGCCAAGGUGGCCUUCUCUGCCACACGGAGUACCAACCACGAGCCGUCGGAGAUGAGCAACCGCACCAUGACCAUCUACUUCGACCAGGUCUUAGUAAAUAUCGGCAACCAUUUUGAUCUUGCCUCCAGUAUAUUUGUAGCUCCGCGAAAAGGGAUCUAUAGCUUCAGCUUCCAUGUGGUCAAAGUGUACAACAGGCAAACCAUCCAGGUCAGUUUAAUGCAGAAUGGCUACCCAGUGAUCUCAGCAUUUGCAGGAGACCAGGAUGUGACCCGAGAAGCGGCCAGCAAUGGAGUCCUGCUGCUCAUGGAAAGGGAGGACAAAGUGCACCUUAAACUGGAGAGGGGCAACCUUAUGGGGGGCUGGAAGUACUCCACGUUCUCGGGCUUCUUGGUUUUUCCUCUAUAG